AGAUAGAUUGCUACAUAAAUCUAGUGAUAUUGUUAAUCAAACAAAGAAUAGUAAAACCGACAAAUCGUCAGCUAUAAGUCGUCACUCUCGUAAAUCAGCAGCGUCCACGUCUAGCUCGGCAAAACUUCGCGCGAAAGCAUUGGCCGACGCAGCAGCCGCACGUACACACGCGGAAUUCGAACGCUUGAUCGCCAAGGAAGAAUACGAGCAAAAGCAACGCGAAGCAGAGCAGGAACGGCGCAAAUCUAGUGAUCGAGCGUUACACAAAAGGAACAUUGCUACGCUAACCGCAGACAGGAAAUUGGCAGUAGCAACCGCAAAACUUGACGCGAUAAACCAAAUCAUGAGAGAGGAGACUGGAGUUAUAGAUGAGGAAGAUUUUAACGAUAUAGAAGAUGAAUUAGAUCAGGAGAGAGAAAAAAGAACAGAGGAAUGGGUGAGAAAAAGUCAACAAGGAAGCAUAGGCGAACACCGUGAGAGAAGCGUAGUGGGGGAGGGGUCCCCUAGUAAUCAACAUAACACGCAACCAACAUUGAAAACCGCAAGCCAUCGCGCACAUGCCGACAAGUCUAUUUUUGAUCAGUUCUCACCGCACGCCUUGCAUACUCUACGCCCCUUUGAGUCUACGCCCAUCCGAGAUGCCACGGGAACAAUAUUAGAGGCGUUGACAACAACCAACCAGAAAAUUGUCUCGGGGAUCGCAAAACAAAAUCUUCCUAAAUGUCACCCAGACACCUUCAACGGUGAUGCCACGCUUUUUCAUCCGUGGAAAAAGGCCUUUAAGGCAAUGUUAAGCGACAUAGACGUGACUCCCGAUCAGGCGAUUAACUAUCUUCGAAAAUUCACGUCCGGAGAAGCGCAACGUGUAGUAGAUAAUUACCGCAAACGUCAGAGCUCAAAUCCAACUAGACUUCUUGGCGACUUGUGGUCUGAACUAGAACGCCGAUUUGGUAGUCCUGCCGUCAUAACAAACGUGUUGCUCGAGCGAUUGCAUUACGCAGCGAAUUUCGACGAGAAUGACAAAAGGAAAUUACAGGAAUUUUCAGACAUUUGCGCUGACGUAGACAGUCAAAUUGAAAGUCUGCCGGGACUAGCUUGUCUUAAUUUCCCAAUAGCAAUCUCGCCUAUCGUACAAAGAAUGCCACGUUCACUCAGAGCUAAGUGGGAUAAAGAGGUCGCUCAGUUUGCGGAAGAAAAUAACGACGCCUAUCCCAAGUUCCACAAUUUAGCAAAAAUUGUCGAAAAACAAUCCAUCAUGAGAAACCAAAUAUCACUAGCUCACCCCUAG